AUGCACUCAGCUCUCCAUCCCCGAUCCUCCUCCACCCGCCUUCUCUCCCCCCUUGAGCGUCUCGCCCCAGAGAUCCUCCAGGAGAUCGUCUUCCACCUCUCUCCUCCGCCCCAACAGGACCAGCACCCCAUAACCCCAGGCCCACCCACCCUCCUCCCGCUCCUCCUCACCUCUCGCAAGUUCAACCAUGCCCUCUCGCCACUCAAGAAUGCCCAGGUCGCCGCUACUCUCUUUCGUGCCUCAUUCGACACAUCUGCCCUCGACCGCCGCUUGAGCCGCAACUGGUCCACCAACCUCUGCCUCGCCGGUGAGAUGCACCACCGCUGGGCCGCCCUCUACCGCAUCCGUCGUGGCCAGAUCACCAGGCACAACGCGGGCAAAGAAGAUCUGUGGACUGCAUAUAUCAUGCUGCUCGAAGAUGACGGUCGAAAUAUGGCCCAACUCGUGAGCUGGGCGGGCGUCAGGAACUGGCUCUGGCGUGUGCUCGAGUACAGGCUGCGUGUCAAGACCUGCGACUCGUGGUUUCAAGAUCUGGAGGGGACUGCGCUGGUAGGCUGGUUGUUGUGGAUGACGAGUACCCGAGAAACCCUGGAUACGGAGCCCGCUCGCCUCCGCCAGUUCGUCAUGGACCUCUUUUACCCAUUCAUCGUCAGGGGCCACUCCCUGCCCUGCGCCCACGCUCCACCGUCCAUGUUCUACCUUCCCUUGUGCGAUCACCUCAACUAUCGUGUAUGGGACGGUUCGUCUGAUGCGCCCAUGCAAGACCACGACGAACACGCCCACAUCCCUAGCUUGCCUGGGUCCAGGUCUGGAUCUGUCGCCUCCACUCCCCCCGGUUCACCAGUCGAAGACCAGGAUCAUGAUCACGCCCACGCCCACGAUCCGCUCCCGCAUCACCACAUCCCUUCGGCACACACGCUCACGUUGUACGCCCGCACGCUGACGAUCUCCGCACCGCUCCUCUCGCAUGUGGCCUUCCUCAACUACAUCGUCCGCGCCGAAGCGCGCCAGUCACGCUCGCCGCUCCCGCCGCAUGUACUCACGUUGCCCGCGACGCGUGCGGACGCGCUCGCGCUCGCAGCUGCCCAAGGUCUCGGCGCGACGCACGGGUGGACGGGGCUCACGCAGGAGGACGUGCGGGAGUUCCAGUACGGCACGCGCACGUGGGUCUUUGGCGAGGGCUACGAGGACAGUGGCACGACGCCGAUCUUCGACCCGGUGCACGAGGGCCAAAACACCGGGGAUGCGAGCGAGAAGGAAGACGAAGACGACGAAGAAUACGAGGAAUACGAAGAAGACGAGAAGAGCGCGCGGCUCGACAAGCACUGGUUUCGUCUCACCGGGUGCGUCGAUCCGCGCGUGGGCGACUCGCCCUUGCGCGGCGUCGUGUAUGCGCCGGGCACGCUUGCAGGGUACUGGGAGGGGCGCACGCUUGUUCCCGAUGUGAUGCAGACGCUCACUACGCUCGUGAAUCCGCGUGCGCAGGUGCCGAUUAACGCGAGCAUUGAGAGGUUUGCGGCGCGGUUUCAGGAGCACCAUUGUCUUGUUGGUGAGGAGCCGCUCGGUGCAGGUGGGAUGUCGGCCCAGGCGCAUGGGCAUGCGGGUAGAGGUGGGCAUGCGGGUAGAGGUGGGCAUGCGGGAGAGGAGGGAGAGGAGGACGAGGGGUGGGUGGAUACGGAUAUGGAGGACGAGGGCGAGCUGGAUGCGUGGUUGCCUGCUGGGAUAGAGGUCGUGCGGAGGGAGGGGUACAUUAUACUGCAUGACCCUGCGACUGGCAAACGCACGCAGUACGACACAUUUAAUCCGGACUCGCCUGCGCGUCCGUAUGCGAAGGCGGCGUGCGAUCGGCUGUGUGGUGCCGAGCUUGAGUGGUGCGAGGAUCCCGACGAAGGCGAAGGCAAGGCAGUGUCUGCCUCGGGCGUUGAGGGUGCGGACGCGGACGCGGUGCAAGACGUGUACGAGGACACGUACGCGUGCCGCCCGAGCGGGGUGCAGGAUAUCAUUAUCACGGGCGAGACCACGGAGCGCCAGGGUGCCGCCUGGGGCAGGUACACCUACAUCGGCCGCGUCCGGUCGUGGGACGCGCUCGUAUCGCUCGUGCGCAUUCCGCAGCCCGCUACUGCCAACGGGACCGGGAAUGGGAAUGGACCUCAGGCGCCGAACGGCGGUGGGCGAUGGCUGUUCCGCGGGUACAUCUACGAGCGCAGUCUCGUCGGGCGCUGGCGCGAUACCGCUGCGGCGGCGCACACGCCUGCGCUCGAAGGGAGCUUUGUGUGGUGCCGCAAGGACGGGGCUGCCGCUGCUGCCGCUUGAGCUCGUGCGAGCACUCGGGCUCAGGCUUGGACGAAACACGAUUAUUUGAAACGACUCAAAUGGCUCGGUUAUGCAUUUUCUCUAUCUUAUAGAUGGGAUCUACUAGUGGAUUCCCCGCGCGCAUUGGUCCUGUAUAUGCACUGGCUGCUGAUAUUGACGCAUCGCAUCUCCAUCUUUCCGGCUCUAGAGUUCGCAUUCACGCCUGAGCCUAGUCUUGGUUGUUUGUUUAUCUCAUUCUCCAUCUCCAUCUCCAUCUCUUGCAUUACGUUGUCCCACCCUCGACACAUUGCAAUUUCACAACUACUUAAUGAGCACUCUUAUACUAGAUCUGUUCGCGUUCACGCCUGAAUCUGAUCAUGGUUCCUUGCAUUAUUGUUAUGUUAUGUUACUCCCCGACGACGAC